AAUCUACUGCCUAAGGCAUCAAACAGUGGAUCUUCGAGUCAAAUUUCAGCGGCUUGGCCAAAAGGAGUGCCUGACUAUAAUUCAAAGCCGGGCUGUUCAGCCACAAACAUCCACCAUGCAAGAUAAAAUGGCUUUCCCAACCCUCCCAGCAGAGCUCAUCCGCCACAUCAUAUUUCAAUCCACCCCGCCCAAACAAUGGGGCAAGUACUGGCCCUCCACGCGGGCCGUGGACGACGUCAAGGACUUUCUCGCGCUGAGGCUAGUGUGCAAGGAUUUCAACCACAUCAUUCUGGAUUACUUCCUCGAACCGCGGGUUUUGACCAAGGACUUUGACUCUGCGUGUCUGCAGCGGAGUGACCCGCCCACACCCCCGGCUGUCCGCUUCUGCCGGAGACUGCUGAGUCGGCAUUUAAUGCGGAAUCGAGCCGGGGGUCAGAUCAAUGAAGUGUCGAGGAAGUUUGCUGAGCAUGUGAAUGGGGUUGUGGAUGUGGCUGUUGAUGCGUUACGGGAUGGUAAUGAGGAUGGUGAGGAGGUUCAGAGGCUGCAAAAGACGUACACGGAGGGCAUGGCGGCCGCCGUGGUAGCGUUCGGGGGUCUUACUAAGGCGAUGUUUCAGGGGUUAGCUGGAACAAAGCCGGAGAGGGAUGGUGUGGAGAACGAUCAGGAUGAGGAUGAGCUGGAGGACGAGGGAGAAGAUGAUGAUGAUACGGAGUGGGCGUGGAGCGAUCCACUGACCAUGGCGCUGACUGCGGCGGGGAUCCUGUGCCGAGUCGACGACAUGAAGACUCUAAUCGCCAAGGGUGCGAGGCCCGGGUUCGAAGAAGAUGCGGGAUGGAUUGGCUUGCCCAUUCACGGCGCUACGAUCGGUGGCAACGUCGAUGCCGUUAGCUUCCUUUCCGAGCACAUUCGGAAGCAAAGUGUACUCGACGACGAUGAAAUCAUGGAGGACUGCCUGCACACGGGGAACACGGCGCUGCAUUACGCCGCACAGUAUGGUCACGGCGAAGCCGUGCAGUGGUGCUUGAAAGAGGGAUUCAAACCAGAUGACAGGAACAAGAACGAUCAGACGCCGCUCUUCCUUGCUGCGAGUAGCGGGCAUGCCGAUGUCGUUCACAAGUUGUUAGACCUGGACUUUGAUCGGGCGGAGACGGCGCUGGAGCCGAAGCCUGAAAGGUCUGCAGAUAAAGGGUCUGAUGAUGAUGAUGAUGAUGAUGAUGAUUGGUUUGCGAUGCAGCUCGCUACAGUUGACGUCGAAGCGGAUGAUUACCGCGGCCGAACCCCAAUGUUGAUGGCCGUACAACGAGGGUACCUGGACGUCGUUGAAGAGCUGAUGCGGAGAGGGGAUUUGCUGAUCAACCGACGGAACCCUGAGGAAUACAGGAUGACCUACCUAGCGACAGCAGCCUCGAGGGGUCACGACGAGAUCUUUCUCCGGCUCCUUUCGCACCCGGAUAUCAAGAAAGGCGCCAUAGACAGCAGCGGCCAUGGGAUACUAAAACAUGCAGCUGUCGGCGGCAACGAGAAUAUCCUGCGGAAGGUCUUGUCAUGGCCCGAUGUGGACAUCAACCGGCGCGGCGAGGACGACUCGACCGCAAUCAUGUGGGCUGCGCUACACGGCCACGAAUCCAUCGUCCGGCUGCUGGUUAAGA